AUGAGGAAGGACCCUGUUCCCAUCUCCUGUCCACUAGAAGAACGAGUGAACGUUAUGCGGUCAUGGAUCAUGGGCAUCCGCCGAAAGAAGGACGGGCGCGGUGCAGCGGCAACGAAAAUUGAAAGCGCCCGGCGUGCCAGCAGCCCAGCUAGUGGAGACUGGCCUGAAGGCGAAGCUCCAAUCUGUCAUUGUGAAAAGCUCUCCAAGGCCGAACCCGCAACACCAGAAACGGCCGGCUACCAACCGCGUUACAUCAGGAAGAGGGACCUGACGGUCAUUCAAUACAUGGUUUCAAGCCUACAUAGUACGCUCAUGGGUCGUGACGUCCGAGCUUUCGAACCACAGCACUUGCACAAGUUCCCUCCUAGAUCCUGGCUAUUUGUCUUUGCAGGGAACACACUGAGCACCGCGACUCUUGUGAAGAUCCACCACCCACGAUAUGGAUCUGCUGCUACCGCUGCCAAAACAAACCAUCCAGAGAGCUUGUGGUUUGUGCUUUACUGA